AUGGCGCCACAGAGCUUCCUCAUCGUGCUUGCUGUCGUCUUGUCGUUCGCCGGUCCGGCGGUAGUAGUGGUGGUCGGACAGCCCUACAUCCCUUUAGGGCCCUACUGCUCGACGACGGGCAACUUCACCACCGCCAGCGAUUACCAGGUAAACCUCGGCGACCUCAUGUCCUCCCUCCCCCAGAGCGCCAUCGCGAACCGAGGCUUCGACAAGGGCACCUCCGGCCAGGCGCCAGAUGAGGUGUUUGGGCUCAUCAUGUGCUACGCCGACCGGAACUGGACCCAGUGCCAGAACUGCCUCCGAGCCGCGGCCGCCGGGGUCCAGCAGAUCUGUCCAUUCAGCCGGGAGAUGAAGGCUUGCUACGACGCCUGCGUCGUCCAGUACUCCAACGUGUCCUUCUUCUCCGUCGCCGACCUGACCGUGGCGUUCUACGUUUGGGUCGACGCCUUCGUCACCGACAUGGCCGCCAUGAACGCUACACGGUGGAGCCUGAUGACCCGGCUCGCGGAGGAGGCCGCCGGCAACGGCAACUCGCUGCGUCUGGCGAACGGGAGCCAAGCGUACACGGACUCGCAGGGCAGCUCACACGUGAUGUACGGGCUGGCACAGUGCACCAGGGACCUCAACGGCAGCGAGUGCGCCAGGUGCCUCGCCAAGUUCGUCGCGGAGCUGUCGAGCUCGCACCCAAACAACACUUACGGCACCGUCAAGGGGUACAGCUGCUACGUGGCGUACAAGAUCGGGGAAAACCUCGGCAUCACCAUCCCGCCUGAUACGGCAGCGCCGCCGCGGCCACCGCCGUCGCGGCCACCGCCGUCGCCGACGACUGUGCAAGACACGGAGGAGGAGUACGCCACCGUGCACCUGGUGCAGUGGGUAUGGGAAUGCUACGGCCAAGGUAGGAUCCUCGACGCAGCGGACGCACGGCUGGACAGAGAACAACUCGACGGCGAGGAGAUGGAGCGCGUGAUGGUCACCGCGCUCUGGUGCGCGCACCCUGACCGCGCCCUGAGGCCAUCCAUCAGGCAGGCGGUCAACGUGCUGCGGUGCGAGGCGCCUCUGCCGUGCCUCCCCGCGAACAUGCCGGUCGCGACGUUCUUGCCACCGCUCAGUCGCCUCCAGGCUGAAUCUGGGGCUGUCACCGGUAGCAGUAGUGGCAGCGCUGGCACCACGCGUUCAAGCAUCGCAACGGAGGCUUCCUCCUUGCUGAGAUGA